GCGCGGCGGGCCGGUGGCCCGGCAGCAUGCCGGGGGCGGCAGCUCUGGGGCGGUAGCGGAGGGGCCGAGUCGCUGCCGGGGCGGCGGGCGCGGCGAUGCGGCUGCUCAGUGCCUUCCUGCGGCUGCUGGUGGCCGGGGCGCUGGGGGCGCCGCCCGCCCCGGCCCCGGAGUCGCGGGGGACCCCCAGCGCGGAGCCGCCCGUCCUGAGCUUUCGGGAAAUCUGGAAUCGUAGUUUCUGCAGGCCUCUGGAGCAGCUGGUGGACGUCAUUACCGAGUUCCCCAACGAGGUGGAGUACAUUUUCAGACCCUCCUGCGUCUCCCUGCAGCGCUGUGGGGGCUGCUGCGGGGAUGAGGGUCUCCUCUGUGUCCCUGUGGAGACAAGCACAGUCAUCGUGCAGCUCCUGAAGAUAAAACCAAAUGGGGAGGCACCCUACGUGGAGAUGGAGUUCACUGAGCACAAGAAGUGCGAGUGCAGGCCUCGGCAGGACCUGAUGAGGUUGGGCAGGAGGAGGUCCAAGGGCCGAGGUAAGAGAAGACAAGUCAAGAGGAGACGUAAAGACUGUGAACUGUGUGGGACUCCGCGCAGGUAGCCUUCGCUCUGCCCCGGCCUCGCUCCUGUUGCCUGCGUUUGAGCCAGCUGUGUUUCCCCGUGGUGUGGGGAACUUGUGGAGCCAUGCCCCUCCAAACAACGGUGGGGAGCAGAACUCUGACAGGGAAAAGCUGACUGAACUCUUGCUUGGCUCUGGUGGGAUUGCAGCCUGGAAUUGAGGACUCCCUUGCCCAAUCUACACUAUUGGCAGCAGGACAAAAGGACCCAUGAGCAGGCCUGGGGCUGAAGAUAAAGGAGCUUAAGCAGCAUGGUUGGUGUUUGAGGGCAUCCUGGGGGCAACGAGAAGCAGAGCUGGUGGAUGUGCUGCUGAAGCUGGCUGGGGACAGCAUGAUGUGGGGGGUGAGGCGAGACAGCUUGGAUGGCUGCAGCUGCAAAACUGCUCUGUCCUGCCAGAGCCCUGCAGCUGGAGAGGAAGGAAACCUGGGAUGGGCAAGGCUUGCAGGGCUGUGUCAAUCCCAGCCUUGGCUGGGGGCAGCCCAAGAGGGUGCGAGGGAACUUGCAUGGGAAGUCCUCCUGGUGGAGAAGGGGUGGGAAUCGGGGUUGCCCUGGCUCCUCGCUUACUCAGAGCCACAUCCCAGCCUUGCCCUGCUCAAUAAAACCUGGUGGUCAGGUGCAGGAGCUGGCCGUGUGAGUACUCUGACUGCUUUCCAGCAGCUGCAGACA